UCAAAUAAGGUGCAUACCUACAGACACAGGGACAAACCCUGUUGAAGUUUCUGCAGGAGCUCAUAGUCACAGAGACCAGAAGCUGGAAGUGUGAUAUCCCCUGAUACUGGACUAAGACUUGAGAGCUCAGAACACUACGAACCUCAAACACCAUCACACACUGGACUUUCUUUUUCUUAUUUUUUUAAGGCUUUCCUCUAGGUGGAUAAUAUACAACUCAACCUCAGCUACCCCAGAAAUCAAUGAGUGUGCCCAACUCUUCUGUCUACCGAUCAGAGCGCAGUUUUCAUCAGACUUCUUCCUCUUCCUCCUCAUCCUCCUCCACUAACCCCUACAUGGAUAAGGGCCGGGGAAUCUUCACUGACGACUUCGGGUCUUUCAUGCGGCCACACGAGGAUGCCCUGGGUUUCUCCAGUCUAUCUGGGACUCCAGGAAACAUCAAAACACUGGGUGACACGUACCAAUUCACAGUAGAUGUCUGUGACUUCUCCCCCGAGGACGUGAUUGUCACCACUUCAAAUAACCAGAUUGAAGUCCGUGCAGAAAAGUUGGCAGCGGAUGGCACAGUUAUGAACACAUUUACCCACAAGUGCCAACUGCCGGAGGACGUGGACCCCACGUCUGUGACGUCGUCUUUAGGGCCAGACGGGGCCCUCACCAUCAGGGCACGCAGGCGCCCCUCCAAACUGGAGCACGCACAGACCUUCCGCACCGAAAUCAAGAUCUGAUUCUCCUGUGUGUGGCCUCAGCAGUCCCUGCGCACACACUCCCACUCUCUCUCUCACACACACACACACACACACACAACCAGAUUCCAUCCUGAUACUGAUUACCGUGUUCCCUCUUCUACUCCCAUGUCGUCUGUUCUCACAAUCAGGUCUCAACAAUUCUCCCAUUUCACAUUUGUGCACGGUGACACAUGCAUGCAAAAUCCUAUUUUACCAGAACACAGCUCACAGCACAUUUUCAAACCUCGCUGCCAGUUCUCACAUACAAAGAGUCUAGGCUGCGUAUUUUUCUCUCUCUCUCUUUCACACACAUAAACACACACACACACACACACACACACUCGCACUUGCAUGACACUCUUGUGACGCAAAGACCAUAAUUGGUUCCUUUAAAGUGGAGGCAGCUGGAUGUUGCCACAAAGACUCCGGAAUAAACUGAACUGGUGGCUGGCAGUGACAAAAUCCUGACUGAUGCUGGAUAUCUCCAUUCAGCAUGGUUGGUUGUUAUUUAAUACCGUAAAAUUAAUGUGUUGUACAUUCUAAAAUGGUGUGAAAUUAAAAAAACUAAACAAUCA